AGCGGCGGUGGGCGGAGCCUGUGGGCAGGGAGCAGCGCGCGUGCGUAGGACGCCAGCCGCGCGCCGUAAAGCUAUUCUCCCAGCCGGACGCGCAGGGCGGAAGCGCUCGGGCCCUGGGGGGCACUCGGGCGGUGCGGGAGGUCUCCAUGGCUACCGAGCCCGCGCCCGCGGAGCCCACGGCGCCUUCGCUAGUGGAUCGUUACUUCACUCGCUGGUACAAGGCUGAUGUCAAAGGAAGGCCUUGUGAGGACCACUGUAUACUACAACACUCUAACCGAAUAUGUGUCAUCACAUUAGCUGAAUCUCAUCCAGUUCUUAAAAGUGGAAAAACAAUUCAGAGUAUUUCCUAUCAGAUCAGCACCAACUGUAGCAGACUUGAGAACAAGGUUUCGGGGAAAUUUAAGCGGGGGGCACAGUUUCUAACAGAACUUGCACCUUUGUGUAAGAUUUACUGUUCAGAUGGAGAAGAAUACACCAUAUCUAGCUGUGUUAGAGGACGGUUGAUGGAAGUAAAUGAAAACAUUCUCCACAAGCCAUCUAUUCUUCAAGAAAAGCCAUCCACGGAGGGCUACAUUGCAGUUGUGUUACCCAAAUUUGAGGAAAGUAAAAGCAUAACAGAAGGUUUAUUGACACAAAAACAGUAUGAAGAAGUCGUGGAGAAACGCAGUAAUGGCACAGCGGGUACCUCAUGAGGACUGAGGUUCUCACCCUGCCUGACUUAAGCCGUGAGUGAGUGCAUUAAUGAAGAACCAGGGUGCGUGAGGCGUACUUCACACCCAGCCAUCAGCGGGGACUCAUUCUGCGUUCAGCCUCGUUUCCUCCGUGUCUCAUAUAACAAGUCCACAUUUGUCUUCAGCUCCCAGACCUACCCUGCCCAGGUGCUCCCUGUGUUCAUCUCUUACCUCUGUCUAACAGUUGGCAAAUAAGGGAUAUUUUUCUGAUUAAAAACAAGCACACUUUAGCCAGGCA